AUGGGUUUCCUUUACUCGCAAUUCUUCGUUACUCCCAAAUAUCCGAAACAGUCUUUCGCCGAUCAAACGGUGCUCAUCACCGGCGCCAAUGUCGGCUUAGGCAUGGAAGCUGCACGUCACAUCACGCGACUAGGCGCCGCUCGAGUGAUUCUUGGUGUUCGAAAUGUGACUGCAGGCAAAGAGGCCAAAGCCGCCAUUGAGAAAUCUACAGGCCGCCCGGGCGUCUGUGAAGUGUGGGAGAUCGACCUAGCCUCCAACGCCUCGGUCCUUGCCUUUGGCGAACGUAUCUCGAAACUCCCCAAGCUCGACGUAGCCAUCCUCAAUGCAGCAAUUGCCACAACGGAGUUCAGCACUGCCGAAGGAUAUGAGCGAAGUGUCACUGUCAAUGUCAUCAACACUCUACUCCUCGGCCUUCUUCUCCUGCCAAUCCUGAAGGCCACGCGACAAAGGAACCCAUCGCAUACACCCCGACUUACCUUCGUUGUGAGCGAGGUACAUGCAUGGGUGGAUUUCACAGAAUGGAAGGAAGACGCGCCCAUGAAAGUCGUUAGCGACCAAACAAAAGCCAAAAUGGGCGAGCGGUACCCAUUAUCGAAGCUGCUCCAAGUGCUGCUUGUGCAGGAACUAGCAGGACGGGUGCGUGGAUCAGAGGUGAUCAUCAACAUGCUCAAUCCUGGUCUCUGUCACUCACAGCUGGGGAGAGAGGGUGGUUUUAAGUUCGCAGUGAUCAAAAUGAUAUUGGCGCGAUCGACCGAGGUUGGAUCUCGAACGCUAGUGGCAGGCGCUGCAGCUGGACUUGAAAGCCACGGCGCAUAUAUGACUGAUGGAUAUGUGAAGAACAUUAUGCUUUCGCCUUUUGUGCGCAGUGACGAGGGGCGUCAAGCCCGUGAGAAACUAUGGGCCGAGUUGUCGUCGAUCCUUGAGGGUGUUCGACCUGGAAUCAUGCAGAAUGUCUAA